AUGAAUGUCAAAGACGAAGAGAAGACGACCGGCAGCUUGCACGGUGCUGAUGGAGUUGGCGCUGAGAAGGUGUUUGUCGACAACGCGAGCACCGUCUCGAACGAACGGUUCGCGACCACCUCGGCGCAGCACAGGACACUAGGUUAGUUCGUGGAACGCCAGAGAAACUGAGCAGUAUCCUUCGUAGCUGGUAACUGACCUUCGCCGCCCUCAACUUCACCCAGAGUCAUAUGUACGUGGGAAUUCGGCCCUUGCACUGGUGGUCGGUCGGGGGUGCCUGCCCUACCCUCCUGUCGUCUCGCUCGCUGCCUCGCCCUCGGAUACCCCGGGCUUGAUACAAAAAAAAAAGCAGCGCUCUUCGAUCGCUCAUCUCAUGGGUCCAAGCGCCCGCGAUCGAACCGCCCGCGAUCGAACCGCCCUUGCGAUCCACAGUACUGACCCGCUUGUCCCAUUCGACAAUCUACCGAUAGCAUGUCAACCUCAUCGCUAUUGGGGGCACAAUCGGAACGGCCAUUUUUGUCUACAUUGGCGCCGGUCUGACCGCGGGAGGACCGUUAAUGUUGCUGCUCGCGUGAGUCCUCUCGCAGCCUAGCACGGGCCUCGCGAACGAUGCCUCUCAUAUCUGCACAUAGACUCGAGAGCGACAACUGAACCUUGAGCUUUCUUCCCCUUCAUAGCUACAUCUACUGGGCCAGCGUCAUCUUCAUGAUCGCCGAACUGCAAAAGGAGAUGGUGUAAGUGCAUCUCCGUCCAAUGCCGUGAAGCCCUGUCGUCGCACGAGCUAAUCUCGAGAGCAUUCUGCUCCCGUUUAGCUGCCUGUGGCCGACCGAUGUCGCCUUUGCCCGAAACGCUUCGCGAUACAUCGAUGAUGCCGCCGGGUUUGCGGCCGGUUACAACUUUGUACGUGGUGGUGGCAACCGCAAGCUCCGAGUCGCAGACGUGAUCGUUUCGGCGAGUAGGGCUCUCCAGACUGACCUCGCGUGUGAUUCUCCGACUUGGACAAUUUGCAGUGGAUCUCUCAAGUCGCUCUUGCCAUCUUUGAAAUCGUCGCCUUUGGAGUCGUCAUUGGGUUCUGGGAGAGUACGCGGCGAAUUAGCGUGAGUCACCCCUGAUCGGCUGAAAAAAACCCUCGUCUACAGGAUGUUGACCCGCAUGGUACGAAUCCCCUAGGCGGCCGUCUUCAUUUCGAUCCUCAUCGUCGCCUACAUCGCUCUCAACAUUUGGAACACGCGCUUCUUCGGAAACGCCGAGUUUGGCUUCGCCAUCGGCAAAGUCUUGUUGAUCACCGGUCUUCUGCUCUUCACCUUCAUCGCCAUGCUCGGCGGUAACCCCCUGCACGAUCGAUUCGGCUUUAGGUACUGGAAAAAUCCUGGUAGGUCAAAUCUCAGACGUGAUCGACCCGAAGAAGUGGGUGCUACCCUCCGGAUCAAUCCGCUAAUCUGGAGAUGACUCAUUGCGCAGGCAUGAUCACGACUCCUUACCCCGACCAUCCCACCGGCGUCGGCAAAUUCGAGGGCUACCUCGCAUGCCUCACGAACGCUGCGUUCACGAUGGCAGGUCCUGACUAGUGAGUGCAUACAUCUCGAGGAGCUUGGAUAUAACCUCGACGGCGCCGAGCGUUGACGACUUCUGGCUCGAUCACUUUAGCCUGUCCAUGGUCGCUGGCGAAGCUCGAAACCCUCGCCGCACGAUGCAUCGCGCCUUCAACUCCACGAUCUACCGUCUCAUCAUCUUCUUCAUUGGUACUGUUCUGGCCGUCGGCGUCCUCUGCCCCUACAACGACUCGGGAUUGAUCUCUGCGCAAAAGGCCAGUGCCCCCGGUGGUGCUCGCUCGCCUUACGUCAUCGCGAUGAACCGCAUGAUGAUCCCCGUCCUCCCCCACAUCGUCAACGGUCUGAUUCUCACCUCGGUCUUCUCGGCUGGUAACGCCUACAUCUUCACCUCGUCGCGAGGACUGGCCCAAAUGGCUCGUGAUGGCCAAGCGCCCAAGUUAUUUGCCCGCAGGAACAGAAACGGUGUCCCCUCGAUCGCGGUCGGUUUUUGCAUGCUCUUGUGCCUGCUCUCGUACUGCCAGGUCUCAACGUCGGCCCAGGUCGUCAUCAAGUACCUCACGAACCUGGUCGCGUCGUCGCAAUUGGUCAACUGGAUCUUGUUGGCUUUCACCUGGAUCCGAUUCAACGCCGCGCACAAGGCGCAGGGAAUCUCGCGCGACUCGCUCCCCGUUCGAUCGCACUUCCUUCCAUUCGGUACGUCACUCAUCAAAGAUCUGGUCAAAAGACCACUGGAGUUCACUACUGAUCAGCUGGUUUUUUGGGUGUGUGUAGGUGCUUGGUACGCCUUCAUCUCGUCGAUUUUCGUCUUGCUCAUGCAAGGUUACUACGUUUUCCUAUCGGGUGCAUGGGACAUCUCGGCCUUCUUGUUCGCCUAGUGAGCUCUAAUUUGGGCACGUGUUAAAGCUAUACAGCAGAUGACUGAUCCCUCUUGCAACAGCAUGAUGCCAAUCCUCUUCAUCGCCCUGUACUUGGGCUGGAAGAUCCUCAAGCGCACUCGCUUCUAUCGAGCCAGCGAGGUCGACAUUCUCUCGUUCAAAUACGAUGCUGAAUUCACCGAGCAUAUCGAGUACGAUCAGGAGCGUUCCAAAGUCGGUCUUUUGGUUCACCGUGCGCUUUCGACCAUGUUCUGA